AUGUAAAUCAAUAUUUUAUAGUGGGAAUAAAACAAUGCUUUAACUAUUUAAGAAUAAGCCCUAAUAGAUAAAAUGGAGAGUUAACAGCAAAAAGUACCUCAAGAAAAAUAAAAAACAACUAGUUUUUAAUUUUUAAAGAAACACGAUAAAAUAGAUGAUGACUUUUAUAGAUUAGAAAUUAUCUAGGGAUAAUAUUAAUAGAAAUUAUCAUCGCUUUAAAGUAUCACAGAAAAUUUAGAGACAAUUUGUGAUUAGUUGAAAAAAUUAAAUGAUGAUAAAGAUAAGAUUGUUCAUAAAAUUAGUUAAUUUCAUUAAGAAGCUAAUAUUCAUAUUAAUAAAUAAAAAGAAUUAAUGGAAUACUAAUUUUAAAUAUAAGAGAAUAUUCAAUAUUAUUAUAAUAUUUAAAAAAUCUCAAGGGAUUUAGAGAAUGAUGAUAAAAAAGAAAUUAAUUAUUAAGUAUUAAUAAGUGAAAUUUAAGAUGGUAUAAUUUUCUUUUCAUCUAAACCUAAUUAUUAUUAAAGUGAUAAAUGCAUAAUACAAUAUUAAUAAUUGAAGAAGAGAUUAUUAGGUAUUUGUAAAAGUUCCUUAAUGAAAACACUUAAUAAAGAAUCUUAAUUUAUAAAUCAAAAAUUUGCUUAAUUGAAAGAUUUAAUAUGUGUAUUUUAUCCUCCUAGAUUUUUUGGUUAUUCUGAUUUUAAUGCAGAUGAUAACAAUUUUCUUUAACCAAAUCCACUGAAACUAUAAUUUUUAUAAAUAAUGUUCCCAUAAUUAAUUCCAUAAUUGAAGUUCAAGGAUGUUUAAAAUAAAAAUAAUUAUUAAUAUGAAGAUGAAUUUCAAAAAUUCAACAUUACUGAAUAAAUGAAAGAUUUAUUUCUUUACAUUGAGUCUUAAAUUUAAGGAGAUUAAGAUCUAUAUUUAUUAUAUAAUGAUGUCUUUUUGUAAUACAAUUUUUACAAUAGAUUAAAUUUACAUCAAUAAAUAAAUGAUUUAAUUAAUAAGUAAUCAAAUAAUGUCAGCUAAACAGGUUAGAUUUUAUUUAAGAUAAAUUAAAGUCUAAUCUAAUAAAAUUUAGUUAGUAAAUAACAUUUAUAGAAAUAAUAAGAAAUACUUGUAUUUGAAGCUUUAUGUGGAAUUAUUUUUGAAACUACUGUAAUUGAAGCAGUUUAUUCAAGAAUUUUUUUUAGAUUAAAUUUAAGAAUAGUAAAAGAGAAUGAUAAAUAGCAUUUAUCAAAAAUUUUGGAUAAUUAUUAUUAGACAGUAAGAAUAUUUUUAUAGAAAAUAUAUAAUUUAGAUUAAUUAGUAAUGAUUAGUGAAUCAUUGACAUAAUUAAAAAAUCAUACAACAAAAUUAUAUUAAAAAAUUAAAGAGAAUUCUUUAGAUGAAAAAGAUUAUUUAUUUCCAAUAUUUUAAAUAAUCGGAUAAGGAAAGGUAUUUAUAUAAUAAAUAUAUUAAAAGGAUUAAAACUAAAUUAUAGAGUGUUUUUAGAAUUAUUUAAAUAUAUUUACAAAUUUAUUUGUAGAGAAAAUAAAUUUAGAUAUAAUUCAUAAAUCAAUAUAAUCGUCAUAAGUUUAAAUUUAAUAAAAGAUAUAUUCUUAUUCACCAAAGGAUUACAUAAGAUAAAAAUAGAAAUUAGUGAUUCACAAAUUUUUAAAAACUCAGCCAAUUCCAAAGGGAUAUGAGAUUUAGAGAAGUGAUCUUUAUCCAGUAGUAAUAUUUGGAUUAGAUCUAAUAACAAAAAUGUAAAGAUCAGUAGAUUAAGCCAUAUUCAGAUAAUUAGCAGGUGAAACAUUGAGAGAAAUAAAUUCUUAAUUAAAAUUAGUAGCAGAACAAUUUGAUGUAUAAAAUUAUAAGAUUUUAGGUGAAAUUCGAUAGUUACAUAUUUUAUUUAAAGAAUAUAAUCUAUUUAUUUGAUGGAUUAUCAUAAUUAGGAGGUGAUUAUAUUGUAAAAGAGAGUGAACUUGAUUUUAGUGAGACAAAAGCAGUGCUACUUUAACUUAUUACAGGUUAAUUAAGGCCUGAAAUUUAAUGGGUUGAAUUAACAUCUCCUGAAAAAUUAUGGACAUAUAUAACAAAUUUCUUUUAAUUUGUAUAUAAGGGAAUGCCUAAAAUAAAUUAAUAUGAAGUUGAUUGGAAGAAUAAUCUUAUGAAUUAAAAGAAUCUAAUGCUUUUUUAAUUUGUUAAAGACAUGACUUUCAUUGUUGCGAAAACUUUAAUUUAAUAUAUUAGAAAUUAUUAAUAUUUAUAACAUAAAUUAGGGGAAGGUAAAAAUUGAUUUAUAAAAAUAGAAAAGGAUCAAUUAAAAUUAGGUUAGGCAUAAAAAGAUUUUAAUUUAUUAAUAUCAUAAAACUAAAUCAAAAGGUCUUAUUAACUUUUUUAUGAAAAUAUAAUUGAUUUUAUUUCAGAGAUAAAUCUUAAGCUUAACAAUUAUUUAGAUAGAAACACAUUUGAUUAGAUUUAAGUACUAAUUAAAUUCAAUUUAGAUAUACAUCAAAGAAAUAAUAUAGAAUUCUUUAUCUUUGUUAAGUUAAUUUUAUAUAAUUGUAUCAAAACAUUAUGGAGGUGAAGAAUAUGAGAAUUUCUAAUUUAAUUCUGCAGAAGAGAUAAUUUAACAAAUUAAAAUUGAAUAUUUUGAUUGA